AUGAAACGCUCUUGCGAAGCCAAACAUGGGCCGCAAAAGGAGGUGGAGGAAGCCUUCCGGGACAACCCCCUGCCUCCGGAAGGUGAAUUUUUUAUUUGUGAAAGGAGGGCUGGCGACAGGGAACAGCGUGCGGUGCGUGAGAGACGGUUGGCACGCACCGGCUCGUUGAAUCCCCACUGCUGCCGUUUUGGUUGGGGCAAAGGAUGCGGCCGCAGAGAAGGUGCGCCCCGCCCCGCGGCGGCCGCCCAGCGGGGAUACCAGUUGUCGAUCUCCGAUGUUCAGCAUGCGGCUUUGAGCGUGGCGCCAGGUGUGGGUCCAGUUGCCACUGCAUGUCCCGCGACGAGCAGCCAACCCACACGGCGCGACGUGGCGGGCCGGAACCCACUCAUUAGGUCAGAUCUGCGAGCGCUUGUGGGAGGAGCACGGGGCGCUGCGGCGCUUGCUGUGCGUGGCGGAAGCAUAUGCCUCACGCUCCACCGCUGCGGCUCCCACCCGCUGUGGGCUGGGGCUCGUUUUCGCAGCUCCAAGUGGCAGCAAAGAGACUUUUUUACGAUGUUGACUGGCGCACCGCCAGGGAACCAAUUCGGGACAAUUGACGGAAGGGAGAAAGACUGA